AGGCCCUGCGCGGCGCCUGCGUGCUCUGUGACCUUUCCCAUUCUGUAGCAGAAUUUGGUGUUGCCUGUGGUCUUGGUCCCGCGGAGGUAAGAGCGGAACCUGGGCUUUUUGCUGUGUUCCCAACCCGGGGGACUAAGGAGGGUCCGGGACCGGGUGCGGUGGGGCCCAGGUAGAUCGCGGGCGAAGGACUCUGCGAUACACGCUGACCUUGGGUCAGCCCCUGCGCCGCCUACUACAGGGAGGGUCCACCGGGUUCCCCGCGACUGUGACGGAGAGAGUGCCCGGCUGAGUCAUCCAGACUGCGGGGGUGUCCGGGGUCAGUCCUCCAGAUCCCCAAGAGUCCCCCAAGAGUGUCCGGGACUCCAUCACGCCGAGGGCAGGGAUGUGCACGGCGUUCAGUCCUCCACACUGCGAAGAUGUUUCAAACCUUGAUUCAAAAAGUCUGGGUCCCCAUGAAACCCUACUAUACCCAGGUUUACCAGGAAAUUUGGGUAGGAGUGGGGUUAAUGAGCCUCAUCGUAUAUAAAAUCAGGAGUGCUGAUAAAAGAAGUAAAGCUUUGAAAGGUCCUGCACCUGCCCAUGGCCAUCACUAACUGCUCCGAAUCCACAAGAUGAAGACGUCGGCUAAACUUGAGCAAGCUUUGUUAGAUGGGAACAUGGAACAUCACUGUACACUUAUCUAAGUACCAUUUAUAAUGUGGCAUUAAUAAAUGUAUCUGUGAAUACCAC